UCUUCACUCUUACCUCCCACCCCUAUUUGCAGAUACCCUCGUCUGCUAGGUCCGAUACUCCCCCAUAGGUAUCGGUUUCUGCCAGAACGAGGCCCUCAACAAGGCGUCACGAUUCCUUGGUCAAAGGCCUUCUUCCUCCCCCUUCGAGCUCGACCUCCCUAACGUCCCCUUCGUGAGACGUUAAGAAUACUUGCCAUUGUAGCUGGCUCCGCCAGCAUUUAAAAAUUCCCACCGACCUGUGGGCCUACUCUCUCAAACGGACGCCGCAAGGUUCGUUUGGGCGGCAGUCAGUGCUCCGCAGUAGCUACAGUACUCGUCUGCAGCAAAUAUCUUGAUAUCAGAACGACAAGCCAUUCCCUAUACUUAUAUCGGCUGCUCGCCCCCUAGAAUCCUAUACGGAGAUGGUCAACUUCGAGAUUCCUACCAACUAUACAUUUUCGCCAUCUGAGGGCACGCCCCAUUUGACUAUUAAUCAUGAUGUUGCUGCGGACCUAGACUCCACCAACGCCUUUGAAGGCCCGGAGAAGUUGCUCGAGGUUUGGUUUGCUCCCAACCCGAACGCCCUUCCGCCCGGCGUUAAGCCAGAUGGCUUGAAGUCGAUUGCCAGUGAUACUUGGGUCGGGAUGCUUGAUAUGGUCAACUGCAAGAUCCUCUCGGUUCUCGAAGCGGAGCAUAUGGAUGCUUAUUUGCUCUCCGAGUCUAGUAUGUUUGUGUUUCCCCACAAACUUAUCCUUAAGACUUGCGGAACCACGACCCUACUUCUUGGCCUCCAUAGGCUCCUUCGAAUUGCCGCUGAGCACGCUGGAUUUCCUUUCCACAAUGCCAAAUCCUUGGAUGACAUCCACGCUGCCGCGACGCCUUACCGAGUGUUCUACUCCCGAAAGAACUUCCUCUUCCCGCAUAAGCAGCAAGGCCCUCACCGCAGCUGGAAGCAGGAAGUCAGAUAUCUCGACGACAUGUUCGAAGGAGGAAGUGCUUAUAUGGUCGGGAAGAUGAAUGGUGAUCAUUGGUAUCUAUAUAUCACCUCGCCGGAUACGACCCUGACGCCACCUCGUACGCCCGAAAUCGAGAAGCUGUCUGCGAAUCCAGCUAGCACAUUUAGGAUUCCUGCCGGCCGAGCUUCCGUAUUCAAUGGUGGUUUGGAAUGUAACGACGAAACGCUGGAGAUAUUGAUGACGGACCUUGAUCCUGAGAAUGCGAAGAAGUUUUACCUGGAGCAAGCGAGUGCGGUCGCGAGCACCAGGCUCUCCGAGCAAACUCAGGAAGCUCGACAGUUUACUGUGGACAGUCUCGGAGACUUGUCUGCCAGCACUGCCACGAUCAAGACUACAAGUACGAUUGAGAGUCUUUGCGACGACACAUUCGACGUGUUCAGCAAUGGAAGUGACUCUGACCUUCAUGAUCCCCACACUCCACUCUCCGAACAAGUGGACCCCGAAUGUCUGACUACCGAAGGCCACGCGCUGGGGACCGUGGUCUCGGAGGCUUGUGGCCUUUCAGAUGUUUACCCUACCUCUAAAUACCCGGAUGCUCGUAUCGACGCGUACCUCUUCACUCCAUGCGGAUUCUCCGCCAACGGCAUCAUUCCGGCCCCCCAGAAGCACGGACAUGACGAGGACGCCAAAUCAGCCCAUUACUUCACUGUGCAUGUGACCCCCGAGCCUAUUUGUUCGUUUGCCUCCUUCGAGACUAACGUGCCCGGCGGCCAGAACGGACGUGAAACUUCAGAUAUCAUUGAGCACGUAGUUCAGAUCUUCAAGCCUGGUCGAUUUAGCGUUACGCUUUUUGAAGCCAAGGCGGUCCGAAUGUGUGAUGAGGAGUUGGCUCCAGCCGGAGCCGGUCGCAGCAAGCGCGUGGAGAGAAUCCCAGGAUAUCGGCGUAUUGAUCGUAUUGUUCACGAUUUUGUUGACUACGAACUUGUCUUCCGAUACUAUGAGCGCGAGGGUUGGGCCGGUUGUAGUGGACCCCGCGUUGGAGAGGAUAUUUAAGAUCCUAUUCGGCUUCGGCUUAUGGACGCACUCAUUUCUGAUUCAGGAAUUUUCAGUUAUGUUCUUCAAAUUCGGGAGCAGCUAGCAGGCGGAAUUGCGCGGGAGGUUCGAUAGAGAUGAUGAUAUGGACGAGCACGGGGUCAGGACAUUUCGUUUCGACACGAAUCUUUUACACGACUUGUUUAAUGGGUUCAUUCAGACGGAUCCUAGUACACUCGUUUGACACAAAUCAAUCAAGGCCAUGGUUAGCCAAAUUCGUUCUCAUUCAAACGUGACUAUAAUACUUGUGUUCCUUAAUGGUGAAGAGGUUACCUAGAAGUUCGGUAUGACUUGUAGUAAGUUGCGAAAUUGGCUUAACAAUUGGGUACGUACCCACCACUUCAAAAGGGGCGUCCCAAAAUAGGGGUAGACCGCUCUUAACAUGUUAUAUUCUCAGUCUCUGGUUAUAUUUGUAGAGGAAGCUCGUCAUUACGAGGAUUAGCAAAGUAC